AUAUAUAAGGAGAAAAUCAGAAUGAGUUACAAUCAGAUCAGUUAGCUUCACCAAACCUUAAGGAGCUCUCACUGAACUUCAUAGAACUUUUUUACCAUGGCUUCACUAAAGCUAUGGGUUUUGAGCUGUCUCAUUUUAAGCGCCACAUGUGCCAAAAUAGAAAAAAAGAAAACUAUAUCUACCACAAAAGAUUUAAUAGCUGCAGCAACUGGUUAUGGUGGAGCUGUUAGCUUUGCAGGAGCAAGUGGUGGAGGCGGAGGAUAUGGAGGAAGCGGAGGAGGUGGUGGUGGAUAUGGUGGUAGCAGCGGUGGUGGCGGAGGAUAUGGAGGAAGCAGUGGUGGCGGUGGAGGAUAUGGUGGAGGUGCUGGGGGAAAAGGCACAACUAUCCUUCUUGCUAUACCAGUAUCUCUAAAUGGAGGUGGCAAAAGUGGAGGUGAUGGUGGUUACGGAGGUGGUAAAAGUGGAGGUGAUGGAGGUUACGGAGGUGGAUCUACAGGAGGUGGAUAUGGUGGUGGUUCUUCAGAUGGUGGAUAUGGUGGAGCUUCAAUUGGAGGAGGAUAUGGUGGUGGUGAAUCUGGUGAGUAUGGUGGAGCUGCUAUAAGUGCAGGUGGUUAUGGCGGAUCUUCAGAUGGAGGUUAUGGAGGAGCAUCACUUGGAGGCGGUUAUGGUGAAGAAGCCCUAGGUGGCUUAGGAGGCUCAUAUGGAGGAGAAAAAAGUUCAGGAGGCGGUGAUUCAGGAUAUGGUGGAGCAUCAGCUGGAGGUUAUGGUGGUGCAUCUGCUGGAGAAUAUGGUGGUGCAUCUGCUGGAGGAUAUGGUGGUGCAUCUGCUGGAGGAUAUGGUGGUGCAUCUGCUGCUGAAUAUGGUGGUGCUUCUGCUGGAGGUUAUGGAGGUGGAGCUGCUGGUGGUUACGAGGGAGGAUCUGCCGGUGGAUAUGGUGGAGGAAAAGGCGGAAGCGGAGGAAUUCAAAUUAUUUCCCUCGGUGGUGGAGGAUAUGGCGGUAGCAGUGGUGGUAGUGGAGGAUAUGGCGGUAGCAGUGGUGGUGCAGGAUAUGGUAAAAGCGGUGGUAGCUCUGGUGGUUAUGGGGGAAGCAGUGGUGGUGCAGGAGGAUACGGUGGCAGUGGAGGAAAUGGUGGUAUCACUCUUUUAGGAUUAAGUAUCAGUAGCUUAGGAGGCGGCAAAUCUGAAGGUGGUUACGGUGGAAGCUCAGGAGGAUCAGGUGGUUAUGGCGGAAGUUCAGGAGGAUCAGGUGGUUAUGGCGGAAGUUCAGGAGGAUCAGGUGGUUAUGGCGGAAGUUCAGGAGGAGCAGGAGGAUAUGGUGGAAGUUCAGGUGGAGCAGGUGGUUAUGGUGGUAGCGGUGGAGACGAAUACGCUGCUGCUUUAAGUGGAGCUUUAGGAGGAGGUUAUGGGGGAAGUAGCGGAGGCGGAGGUUACGGAGCAGGUAAUGGAAAAGGAGGAUUAGGUGGCUAUGGAGGAGGUGCAUCUCUUGGAGGUGGUUAUGGAGCCAGUCUCGGAGGAGGAGUAGGUGGUGGUUACGGAGGCAGUAGUGGUGGAAAAGGAGGUUUAGGUGGUGGUUAUGGAGGUAGUAGUGGUGGAAAAGGAGGUUUAGGUGGUGGUUACGGAGGUAGUAGUGGUGGAAAAGGAGGAUUAGGUGGGGGUUAUGGCGGUAGUAGUGGUGGAAAAGGAGGUUUAGGCGGUGGUUAUGGAGGUGGUAAUGGAGGUAAAGGAUUAGGUGGAGGUUAUGGAGGUGGUAAUGGAGGAAAAGGCUCAAGUGGCGGAAAAGGUGGAUUUGGAGGUCUUGGUGGCGGAUAUGGCAACGGAGGUGGAGGAAAGAGUGGUGGAUAUGGAGGAAGCAGUGGUGGUGGAGGAGGAUAUGGAAGCGGAAACAGCAAAGGUGGAUUUGGUGGCAUCUCAAGUUAUGGAGGAAGUCAAUGGUCUUGGUAACCUGGAACAUUUCACAUGAACGGAUAGCUUAUUUGGAAGCACUUGAAUCUUUAUGAAGAACGAUACAUCAGAAAUACGAAUUCAUUGGAUAAAAUGGUGCUGAUAUUUAUAUAAUUUUAUAAAAUGAACUUUUGUAAAAACUGAGGCAUUGCUUUUAACUGUGUUAUCAGCAGUUCGCAACCAGCAUCUGCACACAACAUUCAGAUCAUGUGAUUAAGAUCACUAGAUUCCAUUCGUGUAACGAGUGUCUGAAUUUCUGGUGAAAACUGAAGCGCUUACUCAUUCAGUAUGACGUUUUCAACUUAAUAAUUCCUUAAGUGGAAUUCUUGGUUCUGUUGAUCAUCAAGCAUUUUGAGGAAUCAAUCGGAAUCAUUACUUUUUGUACAGAAAUGCACGAUAACUUAAUCGUGUCGUUGUAUGUUUCAUCAACAUAUCGUGAUAUACAUAGUUGAUAAUUUUGUAAAUCUGCGCGCUUGUAUAUGUAAACUGCGAAUUGUGACAUAAUUGCGAAAAAAAUGACUAAAUAAAUUGUUUUUAUUUUA